CCGGGGCGCGCUCCCGUUUCCCGCGGGAUCGCGGAUCCCGCUCCCGCCAUCGCUCCCUCGGGCAUCGCUGCCGGUCCCGGUUCCGCCCAUGGACGCAUUCGUGGUUAAACUGCCCCGCGGGCAGGAGGGGGAUGACGGCGGCGGGAAGAGGCCGCGGCUGGAGGAGCCCGGCCCGGGGCGGCCCCUCCCGCGGGAGAUCCGCGCCGAGGGGCUCAACUGUGAUUAUCGCAUCCUCUUCGGCAAGGCCGAGGCGGACGAGCUCUUCCAGGAGCUGGAGAGGGAGGUGGAGUAUUUCGAAGAAGACCUGACAAAACUGCACGUUUUUGGCACRUGGCACAAGAUUCCCAGGAAGAAGGUCACCUACGGAGACCCUGGCUUGUCCUACACUUACUCAGGGGUCACAUUCUACCCUAAGCCAUGGAUUCCGGUCCUGACCCGCAUCCGGGAGCGCGUCACCUCAGAAACAGGGCACACCUUUAACWUGGUCCUUAUCAACAGGUACAAAGAUGGUCUGGACCACAUCGGGGAGCACCGGGAUGACGAGAAGGAGCUGGUUCCCCGCAGCCCCAUCGCCUCCGUGUCCUUCGGAGCCUGCCGGGAUUUCGUGUUCCGACACCGGGACCAGCGGAGGAAAGGAGGGAUGGCAGGCACRGGGAGGAUCACCCUGCAGCUGGCCCACGGCAGCCUGCUGCUCAUGAAACACCCCACCAACGUGUACUGGUACCACAGCCUGCCCCCACGCAGGAGGGUGCUGGGCCCCCGGGUCAACCUCACCUUCAGGAAAAUCCUGCCCAGCACCCAGCAGGGAAAAGUUCAGCAAUCAGGACCUUUGGGAAAGUGA